UAUCAGUUUAUGAAUAUGCGCGUACUCGACGUGGCGAAGGCGGUGCUUUUCCCUCCCUCUUCACUACUACCAGAGAUUAGCAGUAUCACAGGCGGGCUUUUUCAUGCAGAAUUUGAACCAUACUUCUUAAAAAAAUAACCUUUAGCAUUAUUGUUGAACAUAUAGAUAAAUAGAUAAGCAUAAGCGACAUCUGUAAGACGGUUCAGAGUAAACAGAGGGCCUGCUUCCCCUCAGACACAGAUAGAGGCCACCAUGAAGCUGACGGACAAUGUGCUGCGGAGCUUCAGAGUAGCUAAGGUGUUUCGAGAAAACUCAGACAAAAUUAACUGCUUCGAUUUCAGUUCUAAUGGGGAAACUAUCAUUUCCAGCAGUGACGACGACUCGUUAGUCUUGUACGACUGCCAAGAGGGAAAACCUAAGAGGACCCUCUACAGUAAAAAGUAUGGAGUAGAUCUGAUCAGGUACACACAUGCUGCAAACACUGUGGUCUACAGCUCCAACAAGAUUGAUGAUACUAUUCGAUACCUGUCUCUACAUGACAACAAAUACAUCCGCUACUUUCCCGGACACAACAAAAGAGUGACAUCUCUAUCCAUGUCUCCUGUGGAUGACACAUUUAUCUCCGGUUCAGUAGAUAAAACAAUCAGACUCUGGGACUUGCGGUCUCCUAACUGCCAGGGUCUGAUGCACCUGCAAGGAAAGCCAGUUUGCUCCUUUGAUCCAGAGGGCCUAAUUUUUGCUGCUGGAAUAAAUUCAGAGAUGGUUAAACUUUAUGAUCUGCGGUCAUUUGACAAGGGUCCCUUUGCAACAUUCAAACUUCAGUAUGACCGGACGUGUGAGUGGACGGGACUGAAGUUCAGCAAUGAUGGAAAACUUAUCCUUAUUUCUACUAACGGCGGAGCGCUUCGCAUUUUAGAUGCCUUCAAGGGUGCUGUACUACAUUCCUUUGGGGGCUACAACAACAGUAAAGGUGUAAUACUUGAGGCGUCUUUCACCCCAGAUUCACAGUUUGUGAUGAUUGGCUCUGAGGACGGAAAGAUCCACGUGUGGAAUGCAGAGAGCGGUAUGAAGGUGGCUUUAUUAGACGGGAAGCACACAGGACCGAUCACUUGCUUGCAGUUCAACCCCAAGUUCAUGACGUUUGCAAGUGCCUGCUCAAACAUGGCAUUCUGGCUGCCCACCAUUGAUGACUAAUGAAGUGAAAGACUUCUGUUGACGACAAGAAUGAAAAUGUCCAGCAGGGGUCAGCACACGGAGCUCUGUGUGUGGAUUCCACAGGAAGUGUGGCCCAUGAAAAACAAAUUGUAAAUAAGUAGUUUGAAGAAAAAGAUGACUUGUUUAUGCCUUUUUUAUAUUUCUAUUUAACAUUAAAUCAUUUCUUUGUAAGAUG